GAUAUCUGAUCUCACGUCAGUUGUCCUGAUCUCAAUGUGGUUACAGGUGCUUGCUGAGCCAUCAGGAUGAUGCGAGCCGGAGGAGUUUUGAAACUCACUGUGCUAGUUUCUAUUUUUUUUCUGGCUGUGUUCCUGGCCUUUGAGCUAUUAGAGAAUCAUAUGAAUCUUAAUAUGGGGAAAGUCUUUGCACGAUAUGCACCUGGAGAGACCGCCCCAACCAGGCCACCGCGCCACAAAUGCGGCCUUUCUAAAUCCUGUCCCGAGGACCAUUUCGCCUUUAAGAUCACCAGUGGAGCAGCCAGUGUAGUCGGCCCAAAAAUGUGUUUUCAGGACAAUGUAUUAAUGAGCGGAGUGAAGAACAACAUUGGACGUGGUAUAAACAUCGCAUUGAUCAACGGGAAGACUGGUGAGAUGACCAGGACUGAUUUCUUUGACAUGUGGUCUGGAGAUGUGAACGCGCUCAUCAAAUACUUGAAGGAAAUAGAAGAUGGAAGCAUUGUCAUGAUGGCCACUUUUGACGAUCCUGCAACAAAGCUGAAUGAAGAGGCCAGAAAUCUGAUAGCAGAUUUGGGCAGCACAAGCAUCAGCAUACUGGGCUUCAGAGAUAACUGGGUGUUUGUUGGAGGCAAAGGGAUCAAGACAAAGAGCCCCUUUGAGCAGCACAUCAAGAACAGCGCAGAGACCAACAAAUAUGAAGGCUGGCCUGAAGUUUUGGAGAUGGAAGGAUGCAUUCCAAUAAAACGCGAGUGAAAUCAACUUAUACAGCCUGGAGAAGAUUGAAGAACACGCAAUUGAACAUAUGCAAUGUUUGAUUGGCAUUGACAAAGUCGAAAGUAAGAGUAGACUAGACUUUAAAUUUGAAGUCUUAAAUCUUACCAUUAGAGAUCCUGAGUAUUUGCUGCUCUAUAUUUGUAUUUAUUUAACAGGGUUCCCACUCUUUUUGAAUUUCCACUACUUCCAAUGAUCACUAGAUAAGGAUUUGAAAACUCAUUUUAAGUGGAUUCAACUAACAAAGAGCAAUAUGUUGCCAGUGAAAUAUUU